AUGGCUGCCUCUGUGGGAAUGCACAUUAAAUACUCUGGCAUCAAUCCAGCCGACAAGAAGCAUUUCCUCAUGGGGCUCCACUCAUUUAUCGCUGGCUACGAGUUCUCUGGCAUUGUCGCCAAACCUGGGCCCGAAUCCCCUUUUCAAGUUGGCGAUGUCGUCUUCGGCAUGAACAGACCACAACAUCAACAGCCGCCGCAUCUCGGAGCGCACCAAGACUUCACAAUCGCUGAACCUCAGGCUUUGUUCAAGUUGCCACAGGGAAUGGGACUGCCAGAAGCUGCAGCGACAGUCCUCGUGGGCCAAACUGUUUUCGAUGGUCUGCUCAAUCGUCUCGAGUUUGGGUUUCCGGCGGCUGGGAUCCAGGGAAGCGAUCCGACCGACCGUUCGAUUCUCAUCUGGGGAGGUGCCAGCGGAUUUGGGAUGGCAUCGAUUCAGAUUGCCAAGGCAAUGGGAUUUGGCUCGAUCUUUGUGACGGCAUCGCCACGCAAUCACGACGGGCUUAUGGGACUCGGAGCAGCCCAAUGCUUUGACUACAGCAACCCCGAAGUUGUACGCGACAUUCAAUCAGCAGCCGAGAGUACUGAUUCAGGUGAUCUUUCUGUUGUAUUCGACGCUGUCGUCGCUGGAGCCGAUCCCCUAUUGCCUCCAGCGGAACGUCCACCUUUCAGAGAGAGCUCUCCUUUCCUCGCCAAACGUUGCUGUGUCGCAAAAGGAUCAAGAACCGAAUAUCUAAAGCUGAUUUCCGUACUGCCUGUCUCGGAAGACCCAGCCUACAAGCACACCAUGUGCUGGAGACAUCACGGAGACAAGAAUUUCAUGGGAGGAGCUCAGAGCCCCGAGUUUCCGCACCGAGUAAGAGUGGCGAUAGACUGGCUUAUACUACAUCAUAGAAAUUGCUUGCGCAUCCCUCGCCUUACAAUCGUCAAAGGGGCUCAAGCGGGGAUUGGAGCGAUGGAGAGAUCUGCUGCAGGAAAAGUCGGUUUCGAGAAGAUUGUCCUGGAACGCCCUCUUUGA